CGAAUCAAUCGACGUUUUAAGAGUUAUAGACAUUCACUCAUCGUACCGUCCGGGUACGCAAGUAUACGUCCUGAAUAACUCCAUAAACAUUUCGUACUCACCCAGUCUUUCUUGGACAACCACUAGAUCGGCUUCAAUUUUUGUACAUAUUUGACGAUUUUGACGAUUUUAACCUACAGAAUAGUGGAACAUAUAGCUAAUGGUGAAACACUUAUUAUGGACCAAAGUUAAAUUAAUACUACUUGUAUGACCAACUACUUAUGUAAUUCUGGGACCUCAAAUGGAAGCAGUAAUCAGCUAUGUAUACAUGUUAAAGAACAAUGAUCAUGAUUCAUGGGCCAGAAGUACCUAUAUACGAUACACAGCUUGGUAAUGUCGUAAUGAUGUAACCAUCGUUACAUGUGAAUAAGCUUAUAACGAUCGUAUAAUAUGAUACAAUAUUAGUGUUUUUGGUAAAUACACAAUGUGUAUAAUUCCUCAUCAAUGGGUGGCGUACUCGACGAAGCCUCAAAACAUAAUUGUGCACCAUUUAAGUCUAUAUUAAUCAGUUAUAUAACAUAAUACCUAUGAACUAUGCAGGCGGCAUGCAGUGUAAACGGCGCUUGCGUAUAAAACGCUUCCGCCACUUGUUGUUAAUAACACCUACACCGUGUUCUAAUAUAGUAUAAUAUAUAUAAGUGUACCGCACAUGUCAUACUGCACAAUGUGCCGCAGGACGUUUCCUCCACGAGGACCGUCGGCCACUGUAAAUAUCGAUUAUCCGUGGUGACAAAAUAUUUUUUUAAACCACCAUCCUUCUGACUUCCAAUUUAUUUUAUGUACAAGAGUAGGCACGUAUAGUUGCGAGUAAUAAUCUUAGUCAAACCGAACACACAGACAGAUUAUGUGGCACGAAGAAGAUGACCUCCGUGGGCCACAGCCGCGUUGGCCGAAUUAUCACUGUACGCGGCUUCAUCACCAUCUGCAUCAUUACGAAAAUAAUGGAAUUGAAGUGAACACAACUGGAAAUGGUUUUAUCGAAGUUGGCCGUAAUCAAAAUAAUAUGUAUUAUCCAGUUUCUUAUGUUAUGGUCAAUGACGAUGUUCAAGAACAAGAACAUCAUCAUUAUACAUUUCCUCAAUUGUUGAUGAGCCGUCCACCACCUCCACCUACACCAGCACCAUCAUCUUUACCACCUUUGAUGUUAUCUUCACCACCUCUACCAGACUCUUACUAUGUCCACCAGCCAUUGACUCCCAUGAUGCAGCAACCACAGCAGCCAUCACUUCUAUCAUCAUCACCAGAAUCAUCACUUACGGUUGGCUGCAAUACCAUUCAGCAACGUAUAAAUGAUUACGACUACUCUGAAAGAAACUCUGAGUUUGCCACUAGAAUGAUAAAAAAUGAUUUAUCUUCAUCAUGUUUUCGUCGAUUACAUCUGGGAGAAAGAACUGUUGACGACAGUAUGAAGUCAACUGUCAUUUUUGAUAAAAACACAAAACGACGAACAUCAAAUAACGAUGAUAAAUUAUUAGAACAAGCAAAUGAAAUAAAAACACAGUUUGAGAUUAUACUGGAUGACGGUAAAGUAGUAGAUGUGUGCAAACGGACUUUAUUGGCUGCCAUUAAUAAAGUUAUAGUUGACAAUUAUGAAUCUGCUUUGUACAAAUUACGUAAGACUAUUAGAAUAUUGGAUGUAUUGAUAUUUAACGAAGGUGGCAGCGGGAUUGAAACUGUCAACAUCGAUACUGUUGGGCCAUGGUUAAAAACAUUGAAAGACAUUGAACGAAAAAUUACACAAAAUCAACAGAUCCAACACAUUAAUGGAGACUACAGUUCUAGUCAGUUAGAAAAUAGUAACAUAAUAAAAACAGAAGACAGCUUCCACAAGAGAUUAAUACAACUAACCAGUAAUAGGAUCCGUAGAAAUGAUAUCAUUAACAAUGAAAACAAUGGUUGUAAAUAUCACUUUUGGUGGAAAUCGAAUUUAAAGCGUUACCGGACUACAGGAAAAGUUGUUGUAGAGCAACAUCGAUGUAAUAUAAACCGUCGUCAAUACCAAAGAAACAAUAAAUACUCAUAAAUCAGGAUACCAUAUUGCUGUAAUCUGUGUAGGAGAAUGAUUGAUCUUUGUAAUUAAUUAUAUAAGAAUAAUUUUCUUUCUUUUCUGGUCAUGUAACUUAAGAGGAUGUGAGCGCCGUCCGUUUUCUUCCUCUCCCACGCACAAUAUAGGUAGACGUACACAUUUACACAGAAUCAUUUUUUUCAUGUUUUUGAGUAAUCGAUAAAAUAAAAUCAUUCAUUAAAAAACUGUUAAAUAAUAAUAAUUUGAAGG